UCAAGGUCAAGCACAAGAAGAGCAGAUAAAAAAAGGAUCAAUUAAAAAAAUAUAUAUCCUCGCAAAGAUCAAUAUUCAGAUAAAUAAAAUGAGAGAAAGAACAGAUACCCCCCUUCAUCUUCCCACUACCCCCCAACUUCCUCCUUUUUCACUAAAAAAUAAAAUAAAGCUUAAGCUAAUCAUUAAAGAACCCCCUCUCUUUAAGAAUAAACAGGUGUGCGUGUCUCGUUUUUUUUAAAUUUUUUUAAAUCUAAUUUUAGAGGGAAAGCUCCUUCCCCUCUCUUCCAUCAGUUCCCCUUCCCUCAAUUAAUUUUUUUAAAAAAAUUUCCUUAUGAUGACAAACACGCUAUGGUUUUUAAAAAU